AUGGCUAGUUGCAAGCAUGUUUUCAUGUUGGCUUUAAUUGUAACAAUGUCUUUGUCAAGCAUUAAUAUGAGCUUGGCAGCUCGUCAACUAUUGCAAACGCCUGCAGCUCCAUCUCUGCCAACAUUGCCUCCACUGCCCUCAGUGCCAACACUGCCUCAGGCCACAUUGCCACCACUACCUAGCAUGCCAUUGCCAACUCUGCCGACUACCACACUGCCACCAUUGCCGUCACUGCCAAAGACCACAUUGCCACCAUUGCCAAGCACCCAAAUCCCCUCCUUACCAAAUCCAUCUUUGCCAACAACUCUUCCUCCUUUGCCUGCCACUCCAUUGCCCACCAUCCCUACAACAAUCCCAUCAAUCCCUACCAUUCCAACCACAAUUCCAACUAUUCCUUUCUUCUCCCCACCCCCAUCAAACUGA